AAUUUUAUGACUUUCGUCAAGGAGGCUAAUCCAUUUAAACACAUGAAAAACAAUCAGGCUUGAACGGGAUUCCGUUCAAGCAUAUUUUUUCCUGCUUCUUUUUCACAGCUGCUUGAGUUCUGAAUAAAACUGCGAUGACUAUGGAGGCUAAUCCAUUUAAACACAUAGAAAAACAACAAGAAACAAACAAAACAACAACAACAACAACAACAAAAACAAAAAAACAAAAACAAAAAAACAGGCUUGAAUUCGAACGGGAUCCCGUUGAAGCAUAUUUUUUCCGGCUUUAUUUUCACAACCGUUUGAGUUGUGAAUAAAACUGCGAUGAUUAUGCAUGUCUUUACAUUUUUCUACGCAGUUCAAAUAUACCCUAUUUCGUAUAUCACUGGAACUACUCCUAACCAUUUCGGUCUUCAAUGUCUCUCCAGAUCACAAGCCGUGAGAGAAUUCUCGAGAUGUUUUGUGGCCUUCUCAUAUUCACUCACCCAUAUCUCCAUUGUUCCAAAAACUUGGUAAAAUAAAUCUCGUCUUUUUUGUUCUAAAAUGUGUUUCUGGAUGACAGGUUAUUUUCCAAGAUACUCUCCAGUCUUCCCGGUGGAAACAUUUCCAGCACACUUGCAUUAAGACUACUCAUAGGUUAACCAAAUGACAAAACAAAACGGAAGAGAACUCAGUUUGAGAGUCCUUCCUCAAAACAAUACACACAGCAAACAAACAAACAAACAAACAAACAAAAGACUGAGCUCAAAAUUUUCGACAUGCCCAGAUAUGAAUGAAAAAGGUUUCUGCUCAGAAAAAAAAACUGUUUUCUUGUGACUUGCUUGUUUUCAAAAAAGCAGUUCACAGCAAUCGAUUUAUCACUCUCCAUAUUGCUGUUCCGCAGUGCAAAAUGUGCACCCCUCUAGUUCUGCUCGAAUUAGAAUUCUUCUUUUCAUCUCGGACCGGCCAUUUACUGAAAAACAUAUGGCGCAAAUUUCACGUCUACUCCAACCAAGCAUUGCCUUAUUUCGCGUGGUCUGUUAUUAGCCAACUGGUCUGCCUUCAGCCAGUUGGGAAUUUUAACUAUGUUAUUUCUGUUUCUUUGUAUUACUUGUUUCAGGGUUUUUAAACGUUUUUCCUGGAGUAAAAGUUCCGUUGAGAAUUGGUACUUUUUUUUUUAUUUUUACAAUUAAAUUUUCCCACUGUAGCGUUGUAAUCUUGUUAAUUGCCACCCCUCAUGUCUGUGAGAUUUCAGUGGUACGCAUCCGUCAUGUUGUUCAAACGAUAUCUGGGGAAGCGACCAAGCGAAAAGAAAAAAAGCGGUCUGUUUUACCUCUCUGUCAUCGACAAGCCGGUUUCAAGCGUUUGGUACAAGAAAACCCUAAUGGGAAAGAACACCAUAAACACAGUCAUGAAAAACAUGAAAAAGAACUCGCCGCUGAAGGAUCUGUGUCCCAAGAAGAGUUUAACCAACCAUAGUGCACGAAAAACCGUGGUAUUAAAAGAAGUUGAAAAGUUCUGGUAUCUCGAAGUGUGAGACAAAGAAUAUCACAGGCCACGCAUCUGCCAACGGGCUUGACGAUUACGACUCAGGAGACGAAAGGGAGCAGCAGAUCAUUUCACGAGCCAUUGACAACACUGGUCCUGUUCCUUCAAGAGACGCUUUAAGUCAACUUUAUUCUGCAAAUUCCACUGCAUCUUGGUGUGCUCCCGGCCUAAUUUCAGUCAAUGCAGCGUCACCUUGAACAUCGCAGGGAAUGAUGCCGUUCAGAAGAGCACAAGUGAUAUAAGGCGAGAAUAAAAGCGUUUCUUGAUGGAAGAAUCAGAUUCUGAGUGAUCUGAAAGCGUCUUGAACGUUUUAACUUUGUUUAAAAAAGCACUAACUUUAUAUUUUCAAAGUUAAAAGUUUGUUAGCAGGCCUGGUUGUCAAUGUCCUGGUAUCUUUAUGCAAAAAUAAAAUUUCAUUCAGCUCAUUCGUGCGUUUGUGGCGAUUGAUUCUUUGUCAGCAUUAAAUGGCUUCCUAUCACUGAUUACUCAAGAGUGCAUUCAGAAAUUCAGUAUUUUUCCUUCUAUUUCAAUUCAUUAACAAGUAAUCGCAAUUGGUCCUCGUGAAAUCAAGGAUUAAUAUCACUUGUGUUUUCAGAAGUAGCUGAAAUUGCCCUCGUCUCUGCGCGACUCGGGCAAUUCCAGCAACUUCUGAAAACACGCGUGAUAUUAAUAUUACUUUUACUCGGCCCCAUGAGAUAACCUACACUAAUCCGUCGAUCCAAAAACCAAUUCACCUGCCUCCCACCGUUUUGCACGCGAAAUUCAACAUCUCUACCACGCUGAAAACUGAAAGGUACGCGGAAAUGAAAAUGAAGCCUGGAGGAUGCUGUAUGGAGUCCAAAUCUGUCUGUUUGGGAAACUUAGCGAAUCUAGAACAUUCGCUGGUCAAUGAAACAGGAAUCAAAACUACUUAGCGGGUGUAGACUCGAGUAAUCUCUCAAAUUCUCAAAAAAAAUUAUUGUCCCGAAACACAGCCCAAGUUUCGAAAGUACACACUGUAAGAAAUAUCGUCAGCAAUAUGCUAACGAAUACGUAAAUUUGGAUAUUGAAUGGCCAAUUGACAUCUCCACAGGUGAAAGCGAAAUACCGGGAUUAAAAUGUGACGCCGAUAGCUUAAAGCUAGCUAAAACCAAAAUGACAAACCUUUGCUGAGGCUUUAUAGCAAACCCGAGAGCAGUUAGAUCAAUUUGAUGCUAAAGUUGGCGCCUUUGUCUCUACGAUGCCGAACGAUUUGAGCUCACGAACUCUCAGUCUGAUCAUUGUAGAAGUCAGCUCCCUCAUAACCUUGAAUCUUUCUUGUUGACUGUAUGCUUCGAUACUUACGUUAAUCUGCGUAGAACAAACGCUUUCAGAACGAAACAUCGCCAUUUGCUAUCUCUGGUGGUGUUACGUUAAUCUCAUAUCAUUCUGCUUUCGCGACCUUUCCCGAAACUCGCGCUUGGAAAUAUUAGCCUGCGUCGCAGACGGAAAUUUACCCGUAAAUAAGUAACCCGCGGUAGGUUGCGUCUGCGACGCAGGCUAGGAAACACUUGUGUCCAAUGUAUGCUUUCGAUACUCAUGAUAGUCUGCAUAGAACAAACGCUUUUAGAACGAAACAUUGCAGUUUGUUGACUCUUGUGGUGUUACGUUAAUCUCAUAUCACUCUGCUGUCGUGUCCUUUCCCGAAACUCGCUUGUAGGGAAGAUUAGGAGAGUUUUAGAACAAGGUUAAUAAGUCACGUGUUUGUGGAAUGGAAUAUUUUCCUCCCGUUUUAUCUUCCCAAAGACACGUAAGCUUAAACAUCGCUGUGUGCAUUUUAGAUCGUUUUGAAUACGAAGCACCCUUUUAGAACGUAGACCAGAUACUCAGUCAACAAGAAACGCUUAUCUCAUGUUAUAUUUGUUAUGUUGUACCGGUGUUGUGUUAAUUUCAUAUCAUUCUGCUCACUUCCCCAUAGCCUGCUUUACAAUACUCGGUCAACAACAAGCGCUUUAAGAACGAGAGAAAAAUACAGCUAGUUAUCUUUUUUUGUGUUACAUGUGUGCGGUAAUAGCAUAUUUUCAUCCCGUUUUAUCGUCCCAGAGAGAACAGAAAGAUGCUUGUCAUCUUUAGCGGUCUUUUUGUCUUAUGUUAAUAGCGAAAAAUCGCAAAUUUUGUAAAAUCUGCAAGCUGGCUGAGGUGUGGUUAGCAUUACAAAGAUGUGUAAAAAAUCGCAAAUUUCGCAAUGACUUAACGAAAAAUCCUGAAGUUAGCGAAAAAUCGCAAAUUUUGUAAAAUUCUCAACUCGGCGCUUGCUGGUCGCUGUAUAUUUGUACUGUCAUUUGGACGGUAUUCGCUACAGUUUCGAAGAAAUGUUGAGCUCCUCUGCAUGUUUCUUGUUUACCGUCUCGAACACAAUUAACCCGUUCAUAUACGCAGGAAUGAAUCCUGUAUUCAAGAGGUAAUUUCGUAAAAUUCCGUUUUGCAUAAGAAAACGAAAAGUUUGUGUCGUGUCUGGAAUUGAAACGCCCCUUGUCUUUACACAAAGUGAAGACGUCGAAAUUCAUAGCGCAGAUUUACAACUAAGCCGAGAGUGGAAAGAAAACGCAUUAGUUUUGAUGAACAGUCCUCUUUCUGAAGGGAGCGAAAUUUAUCUGCAGGGACAACUGGGAGUGUUCACACUAAGCAAGCUUCCGAUUACUGCUCAUGAAGACAAAUGUGAUCCCACUGGAAUACAAUCAAAGGCGUUUGUUCACAUUAAAUAGUUUCUCAAACAAUUGAUAAAUAAGGAAUAUGAUAUACUAGCUCUUUCUUAUAUAAGAGCUUCCUUUUCCCGGGCUGAGGCGGAGGGCACGUUUUGCUGGAAGAUUGAAGAUGGAGAGUCUACCGUUUUGCACGCAAAAUUCUACAUCUCUACCACGCUGAAAGGUACGCGGAAAUGAAAAUGAAGCCUGGAGGAUGCUGUAUGGAGUCCAAAUCUGUCUAUUUGGGAAACUAAGCGAAUCUAGAACAUUCGCUGGUCGAUGAAACAGGAAUCAAAACUACUUAGCGGGUGUAGACUCGAGUAAUCUCUCAAAUUCUCAAAAAAAAUUACUCUCGCGAGACACAGCCGAAGUUUCGAAAGUACAGACUGUAAGAAAUGUCGUCAACAAUAUGCUAACGAAUAUGUAAAUUUGGAAAUUGGAUGGGCAAUUGACAUCUCCACUGGUGAAAGCGAAAUACUGGGAUUAAAAUGUGACGCCGGUAGCUGAAAGCUAGCUAAAACCAAAAUGACAAACCUUUGCUGAGGCUUUGUAGCAAACCCUUGAGCAGUUAGAUCAAUUUGAUGCGCCUAUGUCGCUAUGAUGCCGGACGAUUUGAGCUCACGAAGUCUCAGUUUGAUCGUUAUAGAAGUCAGCUUCCUCAUAACCUUGAACGUUUUGGCUCUAAUUGGAAACACCUUGGUUUGUAUUUCGGUUUGCAAGAAUAGUCGUCUCCGAACGACGACAAACUUGUACAUUAUCGCUUUGGCUGUGAGCGAUUUGCUCUCUGCUGUGUUUGUGAUGCCCAUAAGUGCGAGCGUAUUGAUAGCAGGCAACUGGAUUGUCGGCGGAACGCUUUGCCAACUUCACGCCUUCUUCAGCCUGUUUGUUAUCUACGUUUCUCCUGUGACCAUGGGCUUAACAGCUGUAAAUCGUUAUGUGAGGAUAUGCAAGUCGGAUCAGCAGUACAAGAGACUGUUUUCCGCGAGAAAGUCGCGCGCUUUGCUUGCCUCUGUGUGGAGUUUCGUUGCAUGUUACGCGGUGGUUCCUCGAUUGCUCGGUCUUCAAGCGUACGAAUUUGUCCCAGGCUACGCCCAGUGCUCUAUCGCACACCUCAGCGAAACAGGCAAAUCUAUUAACUACGGCAUCGUCCUUACGUUUUUCUUUUUAACACCGUUGAUAUCAACUACAUUCAGCUACACAAAAGUCGCGCAGAUGAUCCGACAGCACAAUGCGUCUGCAGCUACGACGAUUCAAAGACGAGAAAGCGCUCGGGAAAGAAGCCGUAAAUGGCGAAAAAGCAAGGGUAUCACCAAUCAUGAAAUCAAACUCAGCAAGUCUCUAUUCGCAGUCGUCUUCGCUUUCAUGAUCUGCUGGGUACCGUUCUGGAUCAUCGUUAUUCUCCGUCGCUUUCGUCUUGUCGCGAUAAUGCCUCGAAACGUUGAGCUCUUUUGCAUGUUUCUCUUUUAUUUGUCGAAUACAAUUAACCCUUUCAUAUAUGCUGGGAUGAAUCCCGCAUUUCGAAGGGAAUUCCGUAAGAUUGUCCUCUGUAAACACUGGCAUGAAGUUGAGGUAACUGAUGAAAGAAGAGCAAAGAAUGAGGAUACAGCUGAGACUCCAAACAUGGAAUUGUUUCGACGCGUGCGCCGACCGAAUUUGCAUGAUGAUACUUCUUUGGUCAGUCUUUCUGUCGAAAUGGGUGAAAUUUGUCGAAUAAGGUCGGUAGAUCUUGGACUUGCAUCGCCCAAAUCAGAAAAUACUUGUUUAUAGAGGCGAAUGAUCAACUGGUUUAUUUCAAAAGUUAUGCUAGUAUUGAUCCUGCUGUUCUUGGUCUUCAUCGAUGUUUGCACGCAUGAAUAAAAUCAAGAAUCAAAAUAGGUGAACGGCAGAUAUAGAGAAACAUUUGAGAGCAAUUUUAGGCUCAAUCAGUAGUGGUCAGAAGAAAGUUUUAGGGAAAACGAUGUUCAGAAAAGUACAAGACUUAAUAAUGAUCCGCCAUGUUGGUGUCCCUCCAAAGGACACCAACAUGGCCGCCGUGGAAGUAGGUUAAGCAGUAGACUAAACAAGCAAUCAGUGUUCCUAAUGUUGUUUCAGGAUUGUUGACUUCAGCACUGGUUAUGACUCUCACUAACUUGAAAAAAUGUACGUUUCUCAAAAUUGAGAAAUAAAUAACGAACUAAUCAAUACUAAAACAAAAUUAAAAAUCGCCACGAUUAAAAAACCUUUUCCGGCAUAGUAUACCGCGUGGCAUAACAUUUUCCAAGGAGUUUAGCUUCACGAAUUGCUCAGGUUUUGUCAGUUUUGCGGAAACAAAUUGAAGCGAACUGGAAUUCAUAUUUUCUCUCCUGUAUUUGAAUUUUACUUCAUUACAAAACUGGUAUGCUAGAGCAGCCAGGCAUGUAGUUUUGUCUAGUACAGUUUAUUGGCUCAGCACGCCACCUUAUGAAAUGGGUCAAUUUGGCGCGGCGAAUUAACAAGGCUUAGUAUCAAGGCAAAUAGGUGAACACGCCUUACAAAUGUCAAUACAAAGGGAAGUACACGGGGAUUAAACUGAUAUAACAUUUAACCGAUGUGGAAGUGCAUAUUAGGGGAUAUCAACCCAUGCUCAAGUGACCAAUUGUUAAACAAGUUACUUUGAUUGCCAGACCCCUUUAUAGAACAGUGAAAUAAAUUCAGUUUAACUUAACUUAACUUGGGCUGGCUGGAAUUUACGAGGCUUUUGUAACUUUGUCCAAUAAACUGAAUUGGGGCUCAAAUAUUGUCUUUCAGCAAUUGUUCCUAAGCCCUUGUCGCUCCUCGUAGGGGUAUAAACCCAGCAGUCUUAUACCUGUGGGUCUUCUGUGACCAGUAAGGCUUUUGAAAGUGGUUAGCGCAUUACCCGACGAUCCUGGCGACCACAACUUUUUUUUCAGGAUUUCCCUGAAAACCACUCCGGUGAUCGGAGCCUCCUGGCCAAAUAUCAUCAUCAUCAUCAUCAUUAUUAUUAUUAUUAUUAUUAUUAUUAUUAUUACAGUGUAUUUUUAAAGUAGAGUUUUUUGGCCAUUUAAAUGUGUAGAGUAUUGUUUACUAUUCUUAUUUAAAUUUUUUCGACAAAUGACAAUAGACAAAUUUAUAAGGGCUGUAAAGAAUGAGUGUAAUUUGUAAUUCGUGUGUAAGUUAGUAUUUCCCUGACAUAU